CCUGAUCUAUCCCUACACAUCCCCUCCGUUCCCCUCCCCCUUCGAACCUCAGCAAUCUCUCCUUGAUGCCGAUUUGGGGGGCCAACGGUCUACCUCUUGAUGGCAGACACCUAGCAUGCGCAGGAGGGUACAUGAGGCCAACGGUUUGAAGCCAUGGCCCCCUGAAUGCCACUUGUGUGCCUUGCCAACUGAGCUAGAUGGUCAUCGACAUGGGUGGGCGAGGAGAACGCGGGGACCUGGAUUCUUCAUUUUGGCCGUAGACGACGAAGAUCCACGUCAGUGGGAUAUCGAACGUAAUUACGAGUAUAUAUAAUUUUAUAGGAACAUUUAUCUUUGUGCGCUAUCCAUGCGCAUGAAGUGUCAACAUUACAUCACACCUGAACCUGACGGUGCAAUGCAAUGGCUGUUUCCACCUGACACGUCGAGUGUUUUAGACAUUUUUAGGAGGCCUGGAUUCACAGACGCAAUGGCGCGGUGGCAAUGCAUUUACGGCGGGAAAACGAAUUUGAGCUGAAGGCGGAGGAAGAGAACUUGGGGAUGGAGAAUGGUAUCCGUCGGGAUUGCGAGGUUGAUGGGACAUAAAUAAUAGACGACGAAGACACGUGGAAACAUGGCAUAUGCAGGGCUGCUGCCGCGCGUGGAGGUUUGAAGCGGGUGUUGAAGCAAGGCGGGAGGCCAGGGAGUGAGGGGGAGUACGGUGGAGGUGCUUCCCGGGUCCAAGAGGCAUACCGAACUCGUCGAUGAUGACCGGGACCAGAGGCCAAUUUGAGCUCAUAGGACGCGUUGUCUAGUCGGACGAGGGAGGGGUCAAGUGGGGCCUCAAAGGAGGAACUCGCAUGAUUGCUUGAUAUGAAUGGACGAUGCAGGUUGUUGAGGAUUGCUCACGAGGGAGGGGCAGAAGGUGGAGAGGCGUGGGGGGGCGACUACCGGUAGUUGUGGUUGGGCGGGAGAGAGAAGGUUAGGAUCCGAUAGCGAAUUGCACGAAAGAGGAGGGGAAGUAUCUUUGAAGCGUCGUCUGGAAUACCGUCGGAUGGAGGACGCUUGGUGAUUGAUUUGGCGACCUAUUCGUUGAUGACGAAGAAGGUCAGACGGAGGGAGUGAGCGAGGACGAAAGGAAGGGGAGAAGAGGAGGGAGGCAAGGAAGAAGAGGAGGACCGCACAGCAGAAGGGGUAAACGAUGUCGGGACAUACGAAGACGUCGGUGAGGUCCAUCGAACGUUCAGCAGAACCACAUGGUCGGGGAGAGAGGGGAGAGGUCAGGUCUGGAAAGGGGGGGCUCGUCGAGGGAGGAGUGGUUUUAGAGGAUCUCAGAGUGUUCGAAUCAGACUCGUUCGACGGUGAGAAGUAUGUCCAGAGUACGUGUCAGUCGAUGAGCGAGAAGAAUAUUCGGCAAUUAUGUGCGGGGCUUCUGGAGCUCAGAAGAAUCUCGGCAGAGGAGAUGCGCAAGAGCGUCUACACCAACUAUGCGGCUUUUAUCCGGACCUCAAAGGAGAUUUCAGAUUUGGAGGGCGAGCUUCUACAGAUGAGAAACUUGCUCUCAGCUCAGGCAUCGCUGAUUCAUGGCUUGGUCGAAGUUGGUUCUCCGACUGGGGUACUGUCGGUUCGAGAGGGAUCUGGACCAUCGAGUUCCUCGCUCGAUGAGGUGGAUCUCCUGGAGGAUGAGCUUGAGCCGUCGGUGGCGGAUGAGCGGGCUGCGGAGCUUCCGGAUAUUUUAGAUGUGCUGCUGGCAGAGCGCAAAGUUGAGGAUGCUCUCAGUUUGCUGGAGGAGGGGGAAAAGUUGGUGUCUGAAUCGCAGAAUGGUGGUCACCAGGGCGGUGACGAGGACAUGCUAAGCCACGAGGCGGCGGCUGCAUUGCAUUUGGCCUUGUCAGAGAGACGAACUCGACUUGCUGAGCAGUUGGCAGAGUCAGCACAGCAGCCCUCGGUCCGUGGGGCAGAGCUGAGGGCUGCGAUAUCUGCACUAGGACGACUUGGGGAUGGUGCUCGUGCACACAGUUUGCUGCUCAACUCGCAUCGUGAGCGACUCCGGAACAAUGUGCGGUCAUUGCGGCCAAGUGGGACAUCGUAUGGUGGCGCAUACACUGCCGCUCUAUCCCAAAUGGUCUUCUCGGCAAUAGCGGCAGCUGCCAGUGACUCCGUUGCGGUCUUUGGCGACCAGCCAGCGCAUGCAUCAGAGCUUGUACUUUGGGCUCAUGCAGAGACAGAGCGGUGCGCCAAUCUUCUCCGCCGCCAUGUCUUGUCUGCGUCUGCCGCGGCUGGAGGGUUGCGAGCUGCAGCAGAGUGUGUGCAGAUUGCCCUUGGCUAUUGCUCUUUGCUGGAAGAGUCGGGACUGGCUCUGACUCCCGUGCUGUCCAAGUUAGUACGGCCCAGUGUUGAAGAAGCCGUUGCAGCGAACCUAGACCGAAUCAAAGAGAGUGUGGCAGCGCUAGCUGCUGUUGACGACUGGUCACUCACUUUGCCCCAGCCAUCACAAAGGGGAGUUGGGAGGACACCAUACUCUAUGUCUGCAAAUCUGAAGUUAACAAGCAGUGCACAUAAGCUCUACUCGAUGGUGCAGGAAUUCCUUGAUGAUGUCACCCCUGUCGUUGGCAUGCAGUUGACAGGGCCAACCCUUGAUGGGCUUGCACAGUUGUUCGAGGGUUAUGUUAGGUUGUUAAUGAAGGCAUUGCCUCCAACGAUUGAUGAUGACGAGUAUGAGGGUGUGGAGAACGGUGAGGGACACGGUGAGGGACAUGGUGAUGGAGGGAGAGUGAGAAUUGCUGAGACGGAGGCGCAGCAGCUAGCGCUUCUUGGGAAUGCUGCGGCUUUGGCGGAUGAGCUUCUGCCGCGUGCUUCCAUGCAGCUGUCACGUUCUGCUCCUGGGAGUGCACAAUCAACAACUCCGACAUCAUCACAGGGCGCUGCUGGUGUUCACCUGGGGGGAACUGUAGGUGCACGGAAGGGCAGGACUCUUGGGGCAACAACUCGUAGCCAGUCUUCAUCAGAGCAGCAGGCCCUUCGGCGUCGAUUGCAGCGUGCAGUUGAUAAGUUGAGAGAUGCUAUCUGUGCUCGUGUCAUGGCAAACUUGAUGUAUGGUGAGGACUCGGAGUGUCGGCCAAAUGCGGAAUUGUACGUAAGGGCAGAUCCCAAGAAAUGGGAGCAUGAGCAGAUGGCAUCAACUCCAUUUGUGCAACUAUUUGCUGCUCUUACAUCUGUGGCGAAAACGGCUGCUGAGGUGCUCGUCAACAGGGACAGAGUAGUUACAUUGAUGCUCAUGCGGUUGACCGAAGCUCUUGUGAUUGCACUCAUGGGUGACGAUGCUUUCUGGACUGUUAUGGAGAGUAAUGAAAGGCCCCUGGGGCACAUAGGCCUGCAGCAGUUCAUUUUAGACAUGCACUUCUUGAUGCAAGCAGCAAAUGUGGGGCGCUAUUCUUCAAGAGCUAUGCGUGAAGUUGCUGUGGAGGCCAUUAACCGUGCGAUCAAUGCGUACUCUGCACAGGGUGAAGAUGCUGGCAGCUUUCUUCAAACCGAUCAAUGGUUUCAAGGGAAGGCCCAGGAUGCAUUGAAACAACUCUUUCGUGAAUGGUCGGUUCCACAACGAACUGGGUUUGAGAGCUGUCCAGACAGCCCGACGCAUUCCAUUUCUUCUCAUCAUUCACAUGGGAGUGAGGUUCCAAGCCCCUAGCUGGAAACUCUGGUAUGCUGGACAGACUGCAGGAUGUUCACGAUGGAGGUGAAAGAGCGAUCCAUAUUUUCCCAUAUGGAACAGGCAGUGGCGAACGGGUGGUCCAAGCAGUGUCGAUGCUCCAGCAGGCAAAAGUUCUUAAGUGCAACGCUAAUGAUAAGCCCAGCAUGUGUGAUAGAGGAGGCAGCGGCUCCAAGAUGGAUGUCCCUUGUUGUUAUGAGGGGUAUCCCAUUCUUCCCGAAGGGUUUGCGGAUAAAUCUGAUUUGCUGUUAUCUACAAUCCCAUUUCCACCCCCCAGGGUCAUUUUGAAUUUAAAUAAUAAAAAAUGUCACCGCGUUACUUCCGCUCAGUCAUGUUCCGACUAGCUAUCGGUUCAGUCGCCGAUUGGCGUCGUUUCUGUCCAAGGACCAUGCAGUGGUCACAUAUGCCUGUGAUUACUGUGAGCGGGGAGGCGUUUGGACUGUCGUCAGUCGAUUGACAAGAGUCCAUCGAUGUGCUGACAGGUUGAUGGCAGUCCAUCAUCUUGAUGAUUAUCAUCGCCAAGUAGUUUGCGAGUGCAGCCACCCGUCUCUGUUGGAUCUGUCCUGCGUAUGGUGAACCGAAUACCUUCGAGGAGAAGGGAAAUGACCCAUGGUGGGAUUCACUGUGGUCAGUUUGCUGAAGGACUGAAAUGGUCGUGGGCAGCACUUCGCCGUGUUGUGAUGUGUUCGCUUCUGGCAGUUGCUUCAGACAAGAAUUCGGAAGGAUAGAAUUUUCGGGUGUUGCGAGGACGGUGCACUUCACUGAGCGUGCCAAACCCCUCCGCGUUUUUGGGUGGUCGGGCUGCGUCACGUGGCCGCACGCCGCCCCCGCUUCUGCCUUGUUGCCGAACCCAUAACUGGUAAUUCAAUCCAUCAAAUGGAGGCAAAAGUCACCCAGCUUUUCUACCUGCUCCAGAAUCGGCAACGCAAUCUACCGAAAGGGAGGGAGGGCAAAGUCACCCAGUUUACUACCUCCUUUAUGUGGUUGUCGUAGGGGACAUUGUCUCUCUGGGCAGGCGACUAUUCGAACAGUCUGCCCCAGAGUCGGCUGUGCGCAGGCAGAAGCGUCACAGAGUGCCAUGGAUUCCUAGGAUGCAGCUGUUACGGUGGGUGGAGUGCAUUACGGGGUGUGUCCGCGGAAGGAUAGCAUUUGCGGUGAUUAUCUGAGUAGUAGUUUGUACGUUCAUUUCCACACUGCGUGUGCUGCAUCAGGGGUUUCUCGGCGAGUAGCAGAAUGCUCACCCCACCAUGUCGACCGGUAGGCCGGUGGCGGGGCAGUUGCAAGCUCUGCGGAGGGCAUGUCUUAGAGAGCAUGUUGUGCCUCAGGAUGGAGCUGGCAAGUAGAUCGAUCAACACCUCUGGGUUAUGCACACAAAGGAAGUACUUAGUUGGAGGAUGUCCAGGGUUCCAGUUUUGGGCACGAGGGUGUAGCUGGCAUGGCAAUGGCAGUGUGUUCCGGAAACGACACAAUUUUGGUGAAACUGCCCGAAUUGAAUGAAAUGUUUGCAGUAACUUAACAUGCAUGAUGUGGUUGGUGGCAUCGAUAGACAAUUGGGCAGGGAGAAUGUGAAACGGAUGACAUCUUUAUGUGUAGAAGAAUAAUAAGGAGACAGAGGGAGGGUUGCUUUCGCACAC